UUGCUGGGCGUUUCAAAGCGCACCACUCUUGCUUCGGGGGAGCGGAGGUACCCAGCCAGCAGGACCAGCAUCACCUAGCAUCCCCCACCAGGCAUUAGGCUGGCUGCGGGGGACGUUUGAAUCGAUGGCCCCGCGAGCGCGACCUCCCUCCUCUGGUCAUGAUCUCCAGCCUCUUGUAUCGUAUAUCUGCUGCGCCGUGCUAGUCUUGUGCCCAAGCCAUUUGCUCAAAGGCCCGUCACGUUCAUCGGCUUGUCUCUUCACACAAGAUACCGGUUACCCUUUUUAAUUCUGAUGGCGAAUACCGUGGGUACCGUGACGGACAACAACUUCUCGAGCCUCGUUCUGAAUAACGACCUUCCAGUGCUCGUCUUCUUCUACGCCACAUGGGCCAGGCCUUGCCAGAUGAUGGCUCCCUUCAUUGACGAGCUCGCGGAGGAGUACGCGGGGAGGAUCGCCUUCUACAAAAUGGACUUUGACGAGUACCCCCAGGCGUGCUCCAAUCACAACGUCCGGUCCGUGCCCGUUGUGACGGUCUUCAGGGACGGGGCGUCGCAUGAGACUAUCACUCGGCAUUCGUCUGUCUUUCCCGGAUGACUCGUAGUGAAAUGUAUUCUUCAGAUUCAUUCAAACCGCG